AUGGCCGGGACCACGCUGCUCGCCGUGUAUCAGGGGCUAUGGAGGGCGUCCAUGCCACUCGUGACCUGGUACGUCCGUCGGAAGGACUUAAGACGGCUGGUGCCAGCGGCCAUCACCGCCGAGCGCUUCGGUCGUAGCGCACCACCAGUUGAUACAAGGACCGACUGCUUCACGCUGUGGAUCCACGGUGCCUCUGUGGGGGAGUGUCUGUCGGCUUUGCCGCUCGUGGAAUUGGCGCUGGGCCACAAACUGGACCAAGCAGUAGCCGCGUCGACUGGUGACGAGAAGAGGAGAGUUCGGGUGGUGCUGUCGACAACUACCACGGCAGCUCGCCAACUGCUCUCCGAACGGUUGAAAGAGAACAAGGGCGCGGUGUGUGUCUUGGCACCGCUGGACCACCCGCGGUGCGUGGAGCGCUUCUACGACGCGUGGCAACCAGAUGCAGGGAUCUGGAUCGAAUCAGAGCUUUGGCCGACGCUCAUCAUGGAAGCAAAGCGACGAGGGGUCCGCAUUGGCCUGAUCAACGGUCGAAUGUCGCCGGAGUCAUUCCGGUUGUGGCGGUUGCCGGGUCUGCUUGAGCUUUCAAAACGUGUGGUGGGAUUGUUCUCUUUGGUACUUUGCCAAGACGAACAGAACCGGCAGCGCUUCGAGUUUCUGGGAGCUCGGGACGCCCGCACAGCGUUGAAUCUCAAAUUUGGUAUGAGGUCUCGGUCGCCUCCUAGCUAG